GGUCGAUGGGCAGCGCGUAAGUGGUCGUGAGGUGCUACGCAAUUGUUAUGCGUUGGCAGCGGUCGCCUCAAGCAGCACAAGCGGCAGCAGCUAUCGAUACUACUCAGCCGGACCCUGCCACUAUGCCCUGCCCUGCCCAGCCUCUCUAGCCUCUCUGCCCGACUCGUGAAAAUUGAAGCAGGGGAGCCCGAGACGUCCUCGCGCGCGCGCGACGGACUGCUUGACCCGCGGCAGCCCUCGUUCGACUUGAGCCCUAGUGUGUCUUCAGCUUCGAACCAGCAAACUUUCAAACUAAAAUUGCACUGCGCAGUCGAACUGCUGCCCCCCGCAGCGGAAUCGACUCACGCGCGCGCAGGCCGGCGCAGCCAUCCGCCGGCGAGCGUCACUGCGGCGAAGGACCGCUCGUACGCCAUCGACAAUGGAGUUUACAGCAUGCGCCGCCUCACCGGGCCGCCCCGACGCGGACAAAGUCAUGUCUCUCCUCACGGAGAAGAUCGAGCAAAAGGUCGGCUCCAUGGCGGCCACCAAGAUCACAAGGGAGCUGCGCCGCGUCCUGAAGCCCGCCGCCGACAAGGACGGCUUUUUGUCGUCGAAGGCUCUCGCCGAGAUGCUGCGGCGGACCUGGCUCGUCGGCGUCGAGCGUGAUUCGCUGGAGGCCUUCGCCGACCAAUUGACGGCCCAGCAGAAGCACGGCAAGCUGUCCAUCGACACCUUCGCGCAGUGCGUGGCGAGAGCGGCGACUGGCGAACCACAGCACGUCGUGACGCCGCCGAAGGCCAAGCAGGUCGAGGUAAGGACGCCGGAGGACAACGGGCUGUACGUGGACCCCUUGCAGGGCGCGAACGUGGCACCUCCGACUGAUGCCUCGUCGUCAAAGUUGCGGUCACUAUUAGCCGAGGAGCUGCGCCGCGUCGAGCGCGACCGUAUCGGGGAAAUGGCGCAUGCUAAUGAAGUCGACGCCGCGGCCCGAUCAUUGUUAAAAAGGAGGUGCCGCGCGCUUUGUGAGCGCGGGUCGAAACAGACCCAGAGACGCUUACCGCUGGCCCAGUGGUGCGUGGCUCUUCGAGGCUUAGCUAUCGCCGUCGGCCUGCCUCCACCUUCAGAUCAAGAUCUGGCGGAGCUCUGGCGCGACUGCGACCGGGGCGACUUCGUGGCGUUCGGCCGCGACAUGUUUUCCUCUUGUGAAGAUGAACCUGUCGCCUGCCUGCCUUCAAGGCCUUCGCCACCGGCAUCGCCUCCCCUCAAGCUCCACGCCGACGACUGGAAGGCUCCUCUACCUGAUUUGACGACGUCACUGGGCGCGCCUUCUCCCCUAGCGAUGCACGGCUUCGACGGGAAUGGUCAAUUGGUGGCCUGGUCGCGGCCGUGCCGGACGAUAGUAGUGGGCACGGGCUGCUUCGUUGCGGAGCGACGACUAGAUACGACAACACAACGCCUAGAAACGGUACCGGGCGUCACCUGCGUCUGUGCUCAUAAUACCAAACCUAUUUGUGCCGCGCACGGCGUCGACGGAUUGCGGGUCUGGUCCAUCGGUCAAGAAGGCAAAACCGUCGCCAAAGGAUUAUUUGAGACAGUGUCGUCGAUAGCGUUCCUAGGUGCAGGGUCGCUCAUAGCGUUGGUAGGUGUGUAUGACGCAAGACCAUUAGUUGCGGUCGUGAACUACGAGACAGGAGAAAUUUUGGGAGAAGCACCGAUCGACCUGGACACGAGGGACGGUGGUCUACUGAAUGUCGCCGCCGCGUCCACCGGAACAACUUUUGCGACGGUGGGUGAUGGCUCUCACGUCGCGUUUUGGCCCGGAACGCUUUCAGCGUCUCCAGCAAAAAGCCGUGCAGGCAGUCGGCGCAGACCAACUCCCGCUGCACGUCCGCGGCGCCUUCCCGGAGGCGGCGCGCGAGGCGGUAGUUGUCCGUGAUCUGUUUCGCGACCUCGACGGCGGUCGUCGCGUUGAAGACGAGGUGCGUUCGACCUUCUUCUAAACCAGCAUAGUAGUGCUCCUGGGCCGGGUGGUCCCAGAUCAUGACGGUCGAGCCGGUGGCCCAGAGGUGGUUGAGGUUCCGACUGUAGGACCCCGUCGUGCCGCCGGGGAAGUGCGCCAGGAUUUUAUAACGCGCGUAGUCGACGGGAUUGACCCAACUCACGUCCUGGGCCUCCGAGAGGCGCUGCACGAGCCCGUCUAGGCCAUCAAUACGAAAGGGGUACUUUGCGGCGCCGUCCUUGCAUUUUGUCGCAUGGAGGGCCGUCGCGUUCGUCCAGAUGCGCUUUCUUGCCUCCAGAUGCCGCACCUUCACGUCAAAUUGGUCCGGGUGGCGCAAGGUCAACAGCGUCCCCAAGAAACGGGCAAUAUUCCCGGACUCGUGGUCGCAGUCCUUGUUCCUCCAUCUAAUAUGGCCGCGCCAGAAGGCUCUGGGAUCGCGCUUCCAGUAGGGGUGCUUCCGCGACGCGUCCUCCAACAGCUGCGCCACAUUUGACCAAUGGUCCAGGUCGCCGAAGUAGGGGUUCGGCACUAACACGCCACAUUCCUUCGAGGAGUACUUUUUUGCGAUGAGCGUGGUUGGCAAAAGCUCGCCUUUUUUAUUCUCGAGGCAGCUCCCGGACGCUUCCGAGUUGUGGAGGUAGGCCACGUUUUUUACUUUGGAAUGCCUUUCGCGGACGGCUCGUGAGACCAUGGUUAAAUGUUGUUGGACCUUGCCGCCUUCUUCGUUCGCGAAGACGCGGCCAUUUAAGAUGAGAAUGCGGCCUAACGCGCCGCGCUUCGCGGGGCUCAAUAUGUCGCGGACGUAGUCCUGGGCCCCUUGCUUCGUCUCUACUUUAUCCCACCUUUGCAGCGACAAACGCAUCGCGUCGAGGACGCGCUGCGUCGGCGUCGGCGUCGCCGCUGCCUCUCGCGCGGCGGGCGCCGUCGUCGCGCCGGCGGCCACUGCCGGGUUUCCCGCCCGUUUCGCUGCCCCGACGUCUCUGGCCGCUCGGUGCGCCGCCGUGCGCAGCCCCGCGGCCGCGCGCACGCCGCCCGCCGCCUGCACGGCCAGCGGGGCAGCCACCAGCAGCAGCAAACUUCGUGAAUGCGCGCCCAUGCCCCGACCGCGCGCCGCGGCGUGCCCACCAGUCACACGAGGACGCGUUUGCGCGACAGAGGCCGAAGCCUGCGGCUCCAAGCGCGCGCUCGGUGCGGCUGUCUA